ACACAGGAGGGGGCACUUGGGGCCAGCCAGGGGACACAGGUGGGAUCCUGUGAUAACAGCACAGUGACCAGGUCCGUGCACCUGUUGCUGGUGGGUGCCGUGGGGCUCAGCUCUCCUGUGCUGCUUUCAGUGGGCCAUGCUGUACUCUCCAUCAAUGGCAUCGAUGUGAAUGGGAAGUACACAGCUGAUGGGAAGGAGGUGCUGGAGUACCUCUGCAACCCUGCCAACUACCCCGUCUCCAUCCGUUUUGGUCGGCCUCGCCUCUCCUCCAAUGAGAAGCUCAUGCUGGCCUCCAUGUUUCACUCGUUGUUUGCAAUUGGGUCCCAGUUGUCUCCUGAGCUAGGGAGUUCUGGCAUCGAGAUGUUAGAAACAGACACAUUUAAACUACACUGUUUUCAGACUUUAACAGGGAUCAAAUUUGUAGUACUUGCUGAUCCACGGCAAGCUGGGAUAGAGUCCCUUCUGCGCAAGAUCUACGAGAUUUAUUCUGACUUUGCUCUGAAAAAUCCUUUCUACUCACUGGAGAUGCCAAUCAGGUGUGAGCUGUUUGAUCAGAACUUGAAACUUGCUUUGGAGGUAGCAGAAAAAGCUGGACCAUUUGGACCAGGAUCAUAGGACUUUUCUAGAGUCAGGACUGAGCCUCUCCUCACUAGACAGCGUGUCCAGGAUCUUCUGGCUACAGCAAUGGGAGAGGAGGUCCUGAGGUCACAAAUGGCAUGUCAUGUCCAGAAAUGCUGCUUUAUUUUAUUGGUGUAGAAUUCACUUUGCCUAACAGUAAAUGUCGUUGUUAUAGCUAAGAAUGGGCAGACAUGGCUGAAGCUACAAUUGCAGCUCUAAUGCUGUCACUAUAACAUGAAGGAAGACAACACAUGACAUGACACAACAUGGUGGUAAAACCUCAGCUAGAUCCCCCUUUCUCACUUGAGUUUGUACACAUCUAUUUGUCUUUCUCUGUAGCUUUAAUUUAUGAUUCAGACACAUGGCUACUUUGGAUGUACAAGUAAUAAACAUUCAUUUAAACUAUGGACAGAUUAA